AUGAAUCCCUUGCAACGAACAGCACUUCAAACAGCUAAUGCGCAGUCAACAGGGUACUUCAUAUCACAAGACUCAUCAUUCGGCAAUUUAAUAUUACCAGUACUUCCUCGUUUUGAAACUAAAUAG